AUGAAGUUCUCAAAGAUCUUCCUAGCAGCAACUACCGUCUUAGGUGGUCUCGUAGCUGCUCAAGCCAACGAGGGUACUGAAACAUUCAGAUACGAGUCCGAUAUAACACGUCUUCGAUCAUUGGUCAUUCACUCGUUAUACUUGCAUAAAGACGUCUUCCUCCGAGAAUUACUCUCAAACGCGAACGAUGCCUUGGAGAAACUACGAUUGGUCUCUUUAACUGAUCGAUCAGUCUUAUCAGCCGGAGAAGGAAACGUGACUAUAGAAGUAAUCCCAAACCCCAACGAGAGUCUGUUAGAACCGAAGACGGGAAAGAUCAUAAUUAGAGAUACGGGUAUAGGUAUGAGUAAGGAUGAAUUGACGCGAAAUUUGGGUACGAUAGCUAGGAGUGGGACGAAUGAGUUUUUGAAGAAGGCUGAGGAAGGUCAAGGAGUCGAUGGGAACUUGAUUGGGCAAUUUGGUCUUGGUUUCUACAGUUGUUUCCUCGUCUCACCAACAGUCAAGGUAUCUUCCCUUCCACCGGCUACUUCCUCCAACCCCGAUCCUAUCCAACACACUUUCGUAUCGUCCUCUACUGGCGACUCAUUCGAGGUGUAUCCCGAUCCAAGGGGAAAUACUCUUGGUAGGGGAACGGAAAUAGUCUUGGAAAUAGGUGAAGAAGAAGCAGAGUUCUUAUCUGUAGAUCAAUUGAAGAGCUUGAUCGAGAAACACUCGACUUUCUCGACUACUUUCCCUAUCUAUAUCAAGGAACGAAAAAUAACUAAAGUACCUACUCCACCGCCUCAAUCCCCUGUUGAAGAUGGUGAUCCGGAUGAAUUUGCCGACGACCUUGAGACUGAUGAGACUACCCCGAAGGAGGAUAGUAUCAAAGAGGUUGAAGAGGAGAGUUGGAUAAGGGUUAAUGAUAAAGCUCCGAUAUGGAUGAGAGAUCCCAAAGAAGUUAGUGACGAGGAGUACAAAGCGUUUUAUCAAGCUGUUUCAAAGGAUGAUCAGGGUGAACCAUUAGGCUGGUCACAUUUCAAGGGUGAUACCGGUUCUGGAGUUUCGUUCAGGGCAAUUAUGUAUAUUCCUUCUUCCUUGCCUAAAGAUUUUUGGUCGAAGAUGACUAGUGGAAUCAAUAAUGUUCGAUUGAUGGUAAAAAGGGUGUUCAUCACUGACGAUUUGGGAGAAGAAUUCAUGCCUAGAUGGUUGAGUUACUUGAAAGUUACAGUGGAUGCCGAUGAUCUUCCCCUAAACGUAUCUAGAGAGACUCUACAGAACAAUCGAUUCCUCUCUCAACUCCAACGGAUUCUCGUCAGAAAGGCUAUCGAUCUAUUUACCAAAGUCUCAAAUGAUCAGCCUGAGAAGUACAAGGAAAUUGCCAAGUUAUAUGGCAACGCGUUGCGAAUCGGAUUGAUGGAAAGUCCAAAGGAUAAAUUGAAGAUUGCCAAGUUGUUGAGAUUUGAGAGUACGAGAAGCAAUUAUACUACUCUCGAAGAGUACGUUGAGAACCGAAAGGAAGGUCAAAAGCAGAUGUACUAUAUCGCAGGAGUAGGAGAGACCGCCAAAGAUUUAGCUAAAUCGCCAUUCGUGGAGAAAUUGCAUGCUAGAGGAUAUGAGGUCCUGUUAUUGAAUUUACCGUCGGAUGAACCUAUGAUGGCGGCUUUGGACCAAUUCAUGGGAAUGACCACCCAAGAUGUAUCCAAGAAAGGAUUGAAAUUCGGAGACGAAGACGAAGAUGAAGCUGAGAAGAAGGAGUUGGAAGCUCAGAAGAUCGCUUUCAAACCUUUGAUCGAGUGGCUGAAGAAGGACCUAGCUGGGCAGAUCAAUGAUGUCACCGUUACGAACCGACUUGUCACCUCACCCUGUACGAUCAUUGUUGAUUCGUGGGGAUGGUCGGCGAAUAUGCAGAGAAUCAUGUCCGCUCAGACUGAUUCUCAGGAUGAUCCAAUGUUCAACAUGAUGAAGAAUCUUCCGAAAGUCUUGGAAAUUAACCCGAAAUCACCACUUAUCGAGGGUCUAUUGGAGAGAGUACUUGACUUGCCUCAGCCUGAUGAUGAUGAAGAGGACGGAGAUGCAAAGAGGACUAGUGAGGAAGAGGAGGAGUUAAGAGAGACCGUCAGAGUCUUGUUUGACACUAGUUUGGUAAGGAGUGGAUUUAGCGUGGCAGAUCCUACAACCUACUUCGAACGAGUCGAAGCCCUUCUACGAAGAUCACUGGGCGUAUCACUAUCAGCCAAACCCAAGAUCCACAUCAGACCUGCUCCACCAACCGCUGCAGGGCCCAUACCAGAGGAUGAAGAAGGGGAAGAGCAGAAGAUUGAAUUUGAUCCAAAUGAUAUGCAAGACAUGUUGGGAGAUCCAAGUCAAUGGGCUGAUUGGCAGGAUAUCAAAAAGCAGAUGGGGGUUGAACAUGAUGAGUUAUAG